UGGAAGAACAAAUUAGCCAUCUCCACUCCCCAGAGAGGGAAAGAGCCUCCCACUGUCUGACCUCAAAUAACACUAACAGCGCCCCGCUGUUGGGCCUAGACUAUGGCCAGGCGCUGGGCUGAGCGUUUUGCCAGCACCAUAUCAGUACAUCCUCACAACGAACCUAAAAGGGAUCAUAAUCUCCCCACUUUGCAGCCCUAAGGAGUUGGGCCCCACCUCCCGCGGGAUGUCCCUCCAUCUGUGGCUGCCGUUUCUGUCCAGUGCCCCUGAGGCGCUUAGCUGCCCGGGUCCGCCGGAGGUCGCGCCAUGAAUGACCGAAACAGCCGGAGGAGGACACUGAAGAAAGACGAUGAGGCCUUCGAGAUCUCCAUCCCCUUCGAUGAGACGCCCCACCUAGACCCACAGAUCUUUUACAGUCUGAGCCCCUCUCGGGGAAACUUCGAGGAGCCUCCGGAAGCCGCGUCCCCGACUGUGGCCCUGAUGAAUGGGGUCAGGGCCCAGCUGCAUAUGGCCCUGGAAAGGAACUCCUGGCUACAGAAACGCAUCGAGGACCUGGAGGAAGAGAGGGAUUUCUUGCGUUGUCAGCUGGACAAGUUUAUCUCAUCUGCCCGCAUGGAUGCAGAGGACCACUGCCGGGUGAAGCCUGGGCCCAGGCGGGCUGAAGGGGAUGGCCGGGGUGGGGCUGGGGGUGAGGCCUCAGACCCUGAGUCUGCGGCCUCCUCGCUCAGCGGAGCAUCUGAAGAAGGCAGUGCCGUGGAGAGGAAGAGGCAGAAGCAGAAGGGAAGUGCUGGCCGGAGGCGCUUCGGGAAGCCCAAGGCCCGGGAGAGGCAGCGGGUAAAGGAUGCAGACGGUGUCCUUUGCCGAUACAAGAAGAUCCUGGGCACCUUCCAGAAGCUGAAGAGCAUGUCUCGGGCCUUCGAGCACCACCGAGUAGAUCGCAACACGGUGGCGCUGACCACACCCAUCGCAGAGCUUCUCAUCGUAGCCCCCGAGAAGCUGGCUGAGGUGGGCGAGUUCGACCCCUCCAAGGAGCGCCUGCUCGAGUACUCGCGCCGCUGCUUCCUGGCCCUGGACGACGAAACCCUUAAGAAGGUGCAGGCCCUCAAGAAGAGCAAGCUGCUGCUUCCCAUCACCUACCGCUUCAAGCGGUGAUUCUGCCCCACCUGGCCCGGGACACGCCCUUCGGCCCCCACGUCCCUCCCUCCUCUGCCCCUCCUGGCAGUGGCAAGCGUGUGCAUGAGUGGUGUGCUCCUCCAGAGGGCCUGGGGGGUGGGCGGCGUGUUUCUGCGUUCGCCUCCCCUCGUCCUGCAGAUCCCCACUCCUGCCCCGGGUCCCUUGUAUAUAGAUCUGACUCCCUCCUUGCCUCUCACGUUCCUAGCAUCCUCCCCUUCCUCUGCAUCCCCUGGGGAGGAGUUCCAGUUAGCCAGUCUCCCAAGAGCUACUGCCCAGGGGGUCGGUGUCUGCGCUUUCCUGAACGUGGGCACUCCUCCCCCGUGAGCUGCACCGUCCUGCCCUCACCGGGCCCUUCCUCGUGGAGGAGGGGGUGGGAGGACUGCGAGACUCUCUGUGGGGCCGGGCCCUGUACAUACCCCGUGUCAACCCUCAGCCCCGAGGAGAGGCUGGCCCACUCUGCCAGGAGCUCCCCAUCCACAUCCCGGACUGCCCCGAGUCUACGUGAGAAAGAAUUAUUCAGAGAAUUUAAAUUAAAGAGAGAAGAUAAAAUUUGG